AUGGCCAACGCGGAGAGCUCCGAACGAGACAAAAGCAUCGCGCCCUACAACAUCGGGGCGAUGAUUUUUGUUGUGAUCUGUUGCGGAGCAGCGGCGCUAAUUUACUUAAUCUUAGAGGCGUUCCUUCGUCCACUGUUUUGGGCUGUGCUGUGCGGGACUUUAUUGCACCCGUUUAAAGUCUCUCUUGCCCAUGUCUGCCGCUCUGGGCUUGAUGGACUGAAGAAGACGAAAACCCCGCUGGUACUGGGGACGUUGUUAGUUCCAGUUUGGUGUGUCAAUUAUGUUGUUGACAUGUUGGAACCACGCUGGGUGCUGGAAUGGUUGAAAGUACCGAUGGUCGCGGCAGUAGCUUCGUUACUUGCACUAUACCCGCCCUGGAGCCUCAAUGGAAUGCAGGUGAUCCUCGGGCACGUCUCGACUGCCAUCUCUCUUGGGCUGGAUUGCUUCAGCGCCGUGUGGGUGGGCACCUUAGUGGUUGGCUAUGUUCUUGCAGUGGCCUUCAAGUGGACUCCAGGGACGGAGGGUUACCUGUGGAAAAUUUAUUUUCCUGUGUGGAUUGUUCUCAUAUUCUACCUUGUGUCUUUGGCAGGGUCGUGGAGAGUUCCUGUGUUUGUAUUAGCAGUGGUACUGCUCUUCAUUUGGUCCCAACCUGGUAGAAAGUCAUUUGAUGCCAUUUAUGGCCUUUACACGGCCAUGUCCAACAACAUACUGGGCUCCAUGUGUCAGCAGAAACGGGCCAGUGACAUCUACUUUGUGCUGCUGGGAUGGGCCUUCGUUGUGGUACAGAUAUUCCUCAACCUAUGGAUCAGACAGCUGCUCCUCAUACUUGUAGUUGUGUCUUUUCUGAAAAAAGCCAUAGUGCGCUUUGUUCUGAAGGAUUUUGCAGAGUGCAGUCUGUCUUCCUGGUGUGUCAGACUUCAGCAAUUCGUUGGAAAGAGACAGGAAGUGCUUCUGCCUGGACCAAUCAGGGGCCUCUCUCAGAACCUGCUUUAUGUUGACACCAAGAUGAUCGGGUGGCUGGAACAUUGGCGGGAAAAACUUAUUAGCAUCUUCAUCAUCUGUCUGCUAGUUAUUGGAACUCUGAUGAUGACCCUGCUGCUAACAGCCAUGGUACACCAUGAGAGUGUUGAAAUCAUUGAGGUCACAAGUAACCUGAUCAAUGAGACAGUCUCCAACCACCCAGAGUGGGCAAACUGGCUUCCAGAGGCACGAGUUGUCCAGAACGCCUUUAACUCGGCUGCGACCAAUGUCUACCAACAUGGUCGAGAAUGGAUAACACACAAGCUGCACAAAAUGUUGGGGGACAAGGUGAAUCACACGAUAGUCAUAGAGAACCAGGUGCUGGAAGUCUGGGACAGAUUGUACCACUCUUGGUUUGUCAAGAAUGCCACACACACUGAGCACCAGCGCCAGUGGCAUGUGCAGAGACAGAACAGCUGGUUUGGGGACAUUUCGGUCGUCUGGCAUAUUGCCUCCUUCCUCCAGGUGAACAUUCAGACCCUUCCAGCGAUUUUGGAGUCUUUGUGGAUAGUGAUGAGCCAAAAUGUGAGACUUCUAACGACCACUCUGUUAACGGUCCUAUUUCACAGCGGCACGGCGCUAUUCAACUUGGUUUUGUCUCUGGUGAUCUUCCUGACCACACUCUUCUACCUGCUGAGCUCCUAUGAAGAUAAAUAUAAGCCAGUCGAAUGGCUGAUCAACCACACCCCUCUGUCCCAGGUCGUUACCUCGUCCGACAUCAUCAGCCAGUCAAUGGAGGAGGCUAUCAGGUGUGGGGUGUUUCAUGCAUCACUGAAGAUGGCGGGCUUCUACGGUCUAUACACUUGGCUCACACACACCAUUUUUGGCCUCAACAUUGUCUUCAUCCCCUCAGCCAUGGCUGCUAUCUUGGGUGUGGUGCCAUUUUUGGGGACGUACUGGGCAGCUCUGCUGGCAGUGCUGGACCUGUGGCUGGCUCAGGGGGAGGGGUUCAAAGCGCUGCUCCUGCUGGGCAUCCACGUGCUCCCCACAUACUUUGUGGACACCGCCAUUUACUCCGACAUCUCUGAAAUCUCCGGUGGAGGGCAUCCUUACCUGACGGGUCUGGCAGUUGCGGGAGGCGCGUACUAUCUGGGCCUGGAGGGGGCCAUCAUCGGGCCCAUCCUGCUCUGCAUCCUGGUGGUGGCGUCCAACAUCUACAGACACAGAGCUGAGGAAAGGAGUGAGUAAAGAAAUGGGUGCCCUGUCUGCAGUGUGUUUGUUGUAAUUUCUCUCUCUCUCCCCAUCACCCUUCUCUUACGCCUUCGGGUGUGUAUCUCUCGCGCUGCUCAGCAGGGGCUGUGCUGAGGCACCUACAGCAGACAAGCACCAACCCCCCUCUUCCUCCUCCUCCCUUUCCGCUAGAUGUUAUUGUGGCAAGAUCUGUUUUUUUCUCCAAUGGGUGUUGCCUCUGAGCUCCCCCUUUGCAAGACCUUUGCAACAUUUUUGAACUGUUUCAAUCCCUAGAGUGAAUCACUAGUGACUAAAGUGUGCAUCAGAGGGACACCCGUGGAGGGAGUGAUGUCACAUGCUACAGCGCCCGUACCAUAUAUGGGUCCGAGUGCCCACAGGGACCCAAGUUUGAAUCCGACCUGCAGUCAUUUCCCGAUCCCGCCCCAUCUCUCUCUCCCACUUGCUUCCUGUCUCUCUCCACUGUCCUGUCCAAAU